AUGGGCGACUCAAUGAUAACUCCAUCAAUUGAAUAUGACUAUUUGAUCAAAUUUCUUGCAUUAGGAGAUUCUGGUGUUGGUAAAACAACAUUUCUUUAUCAAUAUACAGAUGGACAAUUUAAUCCAAAAUUUAUUUCAACAGUUGGAAUUGAUUUUCGUGAAAAACGUGUUGUUUAUCGACCAAAAACUCCACCAAAUGCAAAACCAUAUAGAAUUCAUUUACAAUUAUGGGAUACGGCGGGACAAGAACGUUUUCGAAGUUUAACAACAGCAUUUUUUCGUGAUGCAAUGGGUUUUAUUUUAAUGUUUGAUUUAACAUCGGAACAAUCUUUUCUUAAUGUACGUAAUUGGCUUGCUCAAUUACAAUGUCAUGCCUAUUGUGAAGAUCCUGAUGUGAUACUUGUUGGUAAUAAAGCUGAUCGUGAAGAUUCACGUGUUAUAUCCCAAACACGUGCUAAAGAAUUAGCCGAUAAAUAUUCCUUACCAUAUAUUGAAACAAGUGCAUUUACAGCACAAAAUGUUAAAGAAAGUAUUGAAAUGUUAUUAGAAAAAGUUAUGUCAAGAAUGGAAAAAACCAUUGAUAAAUCAAUAUUUCCUGUACGGCAACCACCGCCGGCACCAACAGCCCCAGAAGAAGCACAAUGUACUACCUGUUAA